AUGGCUUCCAAACAGAUAGCGCUGGAGCGCAUCGCCGAGGCAAGUCAGGAGGAUUCGACAACAGCCGGAGCAGACUCGGUGGAUGAUCUAGCUCUGGAGAGUCACAUGCAACCGAGUCCUACUGAGAAUGGCCAGGACAAAGAGCCAAUAGCUGCUACAGAUGCGCUUCCUCCUAGUGAGAACGACGCCUAUGAACCGUCGAUUGAACCCGUCUCAGAAGCUCAGCUCGAGACAACCGUGGCACCAGCCUCCUUAGACCCUCAGACCCUAUUCUCUGCCUUCAGCAAGCGCCAAAAGCUAUUCAUUGUGACCAUGGUCUCUCUGGCAUCCUUUUUCUCCCCUCUCUCCGGCCAAAUCUACUACCCCGUCAUGCCAACCUUGGUAAAGAACUACCAGCUGACUCCCGCACUGAUCAAUCUCACCAUCACAACAUACAUGAUUCUUCAGGGUCUGGCUCCAGCUUUCAUGGGUACAUUUGCUGACACGGGAGGAAGACGCCCAGCCUAUAUCAUUGCCUUCGUCGUCUACACCGCCGCCAACAUUGGACUCGCUCUGCAGGACAGCUUCGCAGCUUUGAUGGUACUGCGCUGUAUUCAGAGUGCAGGAAGCAGCGGCACCGUGGCCUUCGGGUAUGGGGUUGUAGCGGACAUGGCGACAACAGCUGAGCGAGGGAAGUAUAUCGGUCCCAUGGCAGCUGGUGUGAUGAUUGCGCCGGCUCUGGGUCCUGUUAUCGGUGGUCUUUUGGCCAAGUUCCUUGGCUGGCGAAGUGUCUUCUGGUUCCUGGUUGUCAUCAGUGGUGGGUAUUUGAUCUUUUUUGUGAUUGCCAUGCCUGAGACAGCGCGUAAGAUUGUUGGUAACGGGAGCGAGGUGCCAGCUGAGUGGUGGCGCAUGUCUGUGCUUCAAUGGUUCUCGACCAGAAUACAUCGUCUGCAGAAAAGAUCGGAUGAGCAACAGCAUACCGGGGAAGGAUCUCAACAGUCUGGACAACAGCCCCGGCAGACGAAGCUGAAGUUCCCCAACCCACUCCAUUCAAUCGUCAUUCUUCUUGAAUGGGAUGCCCUCAUCAUCAUCUCAUACGUCGGGUUCGUGAUGUUCGCAAAUAUUGCCUUGCUAACCAGCACCCCGAACCUGUUCGGUCCCUUGUACGGAUUCAACGAGCUUCAAAUCGGUCUCUGCUUCUUACCCUUCGGCGUAAGUUCUUGCCUCGGCGCAGUGCUAUACGGGAAAGUAAUCGACUGGAGCUACAAGCGCACAGCCGAAAAGACCGGCCUCCCCGUGGAUCGUCAGAAAGGCGACAAUCUACGCAAUUUCCCAAUCGAGCGUGCCCGUCUACAUACCGUCUUUCCUGUCAUGGCCGUCGGCAUUGCAGCUUUCAUCCCGUAUGGCUGGGUCUUGCAGCAGAGGGUACACCUGGCCGUACCCCUCGUGUUGCAGUUCAUCAUUGGAUUCUGCUUCGUUGCAUCCUUGAAUUGUCUUAAUACUCUUCUUGUCGAUCUUUUCUCAGACAGACCUGCCACAGCUGCGGCAGCGUGCAAUCUUGUUCGUUGCUGUCUCGGUGCUGUCGGUGCUGCGGUCAUCAACCAGAUGCUUAGUGGAAUGGGAUGGGGCUGGUGCUUCAUCUUCCUGGGCUUGGUUAUGGCCGCUGGGAUACCCUUGCUCUGGAUUGAGUGCGUGUAUGGAAUGGGGUGGAGAGAGAAGAGGCUGCUCAAGAUUGAGCGCAAGAAGAGGGGGAAGGAGGCUGGAGAUCUCCCGGUCGAAUGUGACGAUAAUGAUGAGCAGCAGCUUGACAAGGACAACCAUGUCCAGGAAGUUGUUGUUAAUCCUCAGACGGUGACCGUUGCUGAGGCUAAGACUCGCUUGAAAUAA